AUGAAAAGUCCAACGACAAUUGCAUUAACAACCACUGAACAAGUCCAAAUGUUCCAAAAUUAUUCAUCAAUUGUAAAACUGAAACGCAUUAUAGCGUACUGUUUGCGGUUUAUUCACAAUUGCAAACCUCAACAGCAAGGGUACAAGUCUGGACCUCUUCAGCUGGAAGAAGUUCAAGAUGCUACAGUACGAAUACUAAGAGCAUGUCAGCAGGAAGCAUUCCCUGCUGAACUACAAUCAGUAGCUAAGCACGGUCAGGUGGGCACGAAAAGCAAUUUAAAGACGUUAAACCCAUUCCUGCACACUGACGGACUGUUACGGGUCGGUGGACGGCUGACAAAUUCGCACUUACCAUUUGAACAGCAACACCCAAUAAUAUUGCCCAGCAGUCAUCAAAUUACCACAAUGAUAAUAUAUUACGAACAUCUCAAGCACCUCCAUGGUGGAAUUCAAUUCAUCUUAGCCAUCAUACGAACACAAUACUGGCCACUUGGGGGACGCAACACAAUAAAACGAGUCCUAAGAAGUUGCGUGCGAGGUUGCAGACUCAAACCCAAACUAUUAGAACAUGUGAUGGGAAACUUGCCAACCAGCAGGCUACAGGCAGUUCGACCAUUCACCAAUACCGGCAUAGAUUACUGCGGUCCGUUCAAAGUAUGUCAACAACGCAGGCGUAAUGCUGCAUUGCACAAAGGGUACGUUGCGGUAUUCGUUUGUUUUUCAACAAAGGCUACACAUUUAGAACUAGUCUCAAACCUCACCACAGAAGCAUUCAUAAAUGCGCUCAAACGCUUUGUAUCACGUCGAGAGUACAUUGCCAAUAUUUACUCAGACAAUGCUACCAAUUUCGUCGGCGCGAAAAACGAAAUGGAGCAAAUUUCAAAUUUACUGACGUCGGCAGAUUACAAAGACAAAUUCUCGCGGGUAUUAUUGGAAUGCAACACCAAGUGGCAUUUCAUACCACCGCGAUCGCCUCAUUUUGGAGGUUUAUGGGAGGCAGCCGUAAAGGCGGCAAAAUACCACAUAAAACGAGUAGUCGGGGAUAAUGUGCUAACAUAUGAGGAAAUGCACACAUUAAUAGUUCAAGUCGAGGCAUGUUUAAACUCUCGCCCAUUAACUUGUAUCUCAAACGAUCCAAAUGACCUAUCCGCCCUCACUCCAUCCCAUUUCCUUAUUGGAGAUUCGCUCAAGGCUCUCCCGCAGCCAGAUGUCACUCAAGAAAACGUUAAUUCACUCACGCAUUGGAAGAAAAUCCAACACAUGUAUCAAGGCUUUUGGAAUCGUUGGUCGAAAGAAUACUUAUCCCAAUUGCAGCAACGAGCAAAAUGGUCAAAGCAUUACAACCAAGCUGAAUUAAAGGUAGGUCAGCUGGUGUCGAUUAAGGAGAACAACUUACCUCCACUACUUUGGAAGCUCGGUAGAAUAGUCCAAGUCCAUCCCGGUGCAGAUGCAACCAUCAGAGUGGUAUCCAUUCGAACCGCCAGAGGUCUCCAAAAGGUAGCAGUAAGGAACAUCAGCAUCAUUCCAGUUCAAAUGGACGACAGUGGUUCGGUCAGUGAAGUGAAAGUGUUAAACCAAUGUUAG